AUGGGUCUCGUUGAAGCGCUCUUGGAGCAUGCCUCCGCCAAGUCCGUCUCCAUCUUCCUCAUCUUCGCAUACGUUCUCUGGACCGUCCUCGCCCGCAUCAAUGAGUACCGCAGCAUCAAGCGCCUGGGUAACCAUGGGCCGGCCGUGCCGUCGUACAUGCCUUGGGGGCUCGACUUCAUGGCCAAGGGAAUCCGCGCUACAAUGGCGCAAAAGAACCUAGAGCUGUGGCGCGACGAUUUCUUCAAGGACGAUGGCUGGACUCGCGAGGCCCGCAUUGUCGGCCAGCGCAUCAUCUUCACGGCCGACCCGGAGAACGUCAAGGCCAUGCUCGCGACCCAGUUCAACGACUUCGGCAAGGGCAAGCCAUUCCACGAGGAGUGGAAGGAGUUCCUCGGCGACAGCAUCUUCACCACGGACGGCUCCCAGUGGCACAACAGCCGCCAGCUCAUCCGCCCGCAGUUCACGAGAGACCGCGUCAGCGACCUCGAGUGCUUCGAGUCUCACAUGGAGACUCUCUUUAAGGCCAUGGCCAAUGGCGGGCCGCUCAAUGGCGAGAACCAGGUCGUCGACAUGUCGCAGAACGACGGUCGUGUCUUGGAUAUCUCUAAUCUCUUCUACCGGUACACCCUUGAUGUUGCCACCGACUUCCUACUCGGCACCGACGUCAAGUCACUGAGCACCCCGAAACAGGAGUUUGCCGAAGCCUUCAACGAGGUGCAGCGUAUCCAGAACAUCAUCACCCGCACCAACAAGCUCCGCUACCUCGUCCCCAAGUGGACCUACCGAGCCUGCCUGCGCGUCAUCAACGCCUUUAUCCACAAGUUCAUCGAGCGCACCCUCCGUAUGGCCCCUAGCGAGUUCGACAAGACCAAGUCGGACAAGAGCUACACUUUCCUGCACGAGCUGGCCCGCUUCACCCGCGACCCCAAGGUUAUUCGCGACCAGGUCAUCGCUGUCCUCCUCGCCGGCCGCGACACCACCGCCGGCACACUCUCGUGGGCCAUCUACGAGCUCGCGCGCCAUCCCGAAGCCCUCGCCAAGCUGCGAAACGAGAUCCUCGACACCGUUGGCCCGGACAAGCCCCCGACCUACGAGCACCUCAAGAACAUGUCGUACCUCAAGGCCGUCCUCAACGAGACCCUGCGCCUCUAUCCGUCGGUGCCGUUCAACGUCCGCCUCGCCCUCAAGGACACGACCCUCCCGCGCGGCGGCGGCCCCGACGGCUCCGAGCCCCUGCCCGUCCUCAAGGACACCCCCAUCGGCUACUCCACGCUUGUCAUGCAGCGCCGCCCGGACCUCUACCCGCCCGUCUCCGACACCUUUGCCGACCCCGGCGUCUUCAGCCCGGACCGCUGGGCGCACUGGCACCCCAAGCCCCACGAGUACAUCCCAUUCAACGCCGGGCCGCGCAUCUGCAUCGGACAGCAGUUUGCCCUGACGGAGAUGAGCUACGUCCUCGUCCGCAUGUUCCAGCGCUUUAGCCACGUCGAGAGCCACAUGCAGGCCAUUGACGGCGGGUCGCCCAUGCUCAAGACGGACAUUGUCUUGUCCCCGGGCCAGGGCGUUCACGUCGCCUUUUUUCAGGCUGAGAAGGCGUAG